GGAUUUUCACCAAAAAUCAUUGAGAGGCGUCGUUUUGAACAGUGACUCCAUACUUGUGUCUGAUGACAUUUCUAAAAGAGAUUCAUAUAUCUCGUUUGAUAUGUUUUUAGGCUUUUCCAAGUUGGGUAUAAAAGGAUUAUUAAUCCAUGAAUUCACUUUAAUUGUUGUAUUGUGUUCUUCGGGAAAAUACUUUUCAAAAGAUGCGCGCAUCGAACUGAGAUAUUGGACCAAUUCUUCAAACACAUCAUCUUCAAACAUUUCUGAAUCGUUUUCGCUAACAAACUCACUGAGUAACGUAAAACUUUCUAUUUCUUUCUUACCAAUGCAAAUGAUCCAAAAAUCUAAUUUUCUUUUAAAAGCAGUUAUUUUAUUAUAGGCCUGAAACACUGUUGUCUGUUUACCUUGCAACGAUAAGUUUAAUUCGUUAAGUUUUUGAAAGAUAUCCGCCAAAAAAGCCAAUCGGAACAACCAAGUUUUAUCAUACAAACGGGCCUUCAAAUUAAAAGAAGUAUCUGCUGCAAGAAACAUUUGUAACUCGGCUAAGUUCAAAUAGCCUUGUUAAAGUUUUACCCCGAGACAGCCAUCGCACUUCUGUAUGGAGCAGCAGUGUUUUAUGUUUGCUGCCAUAAUCUUCACACAAUAAUGAGAACAAUCGGGAUUGUAGUGGUCGUGAUUUGAUAAAAUUAAUUAUUUUUACCGCUUCAUCCAUAACUAAUUGUGGGAUUUGUGGGUAGACACAGUGAGACACACAUAUAUUUUUUUUUUGCUCCUAUUUAUUAAUCUUAUUCUAGAAUAUUUUAAUGUUUUGACCGACCCAGUUGCUUCAUAGACCCCCCUUUACUCACUAAUAACUGUUUUCAAGUCAUUUACGCUACUUUUUAACUUUCACCUUUGACCCCGCACUUCAUCACCAUGGAUGCUAAACUAGCACUGAACCUGGAAGAGUUGGAAUCCCUCUUCACUACAAAGAUGGCUGCUUAUGAAGCAAAGUUGGCAUCCGCUACCGCUGGCUCCUCCUCCUCUGCUGCUUCAACACCAGUUGCAAGUCUAACCUCACUCUCGCAAGAAUUUAGUGACUUCAAAAGCUUUGUUAUGCAAGCUCUUUCAAAGUUCAAAACUCAAUUGGAGUUACUUUCACAAGGUUUUGACAGGCAUGAAACUAUUAUGCGGCGCAAGGUGCUUUUAAUCCAUGGAGUCCCUGAAGCUAAAGAUGAGAAGGUCCCUGAUGUUGUCUCUCAAGUAUUCCAUGACAGCUUGAAGUUGAACGAGCUCUCCAGGGAGAACAUCCAUGUGUGCCACCGGUUAGGAUCAGGCAAGCGUUCCAGGCCAAUACUUGUCAGGUUUUUCACCACCGAGCAUCGCCAACUUGUUUGGGAUGCCAAGAAAUCACUUAAAGGUACCGGUUACACUAUAUCUGAAUUCUUGACUCGUAUGCGACACCAAACCUUCGUUGCCGCACGCAAACAUUUUGGAAUGUCUAAUUGCUGGUCGAGUGAGGGCAAGAUAUUAAUCAUCACUCCUGACAAGUCUCGUCACAAAUUAGAAAGCAUGGAUGAACUUCAAAAACUUCUUUCUAAAUAUCCCCUGAGCAACGAUGUCCUUGCGCAGCCGGCAGUUCCAACUUCGCCUCAGCCUGCUCCAUUGUCUUCCGAGCCCGCUACACCCGUCAACAAGCUCCAAAGAAGGUUAAAGCGUCGCAAUUAA